UGAGAGAUGGCCCCAAAAUAAGAGAGGCAAGACCUCGGCUGCUACCAUAACUAGAAAGAUACUGUUUAGGCUCUGUUUCUUUGUAAAGCAACAAACUUUUGCUUAUUUUUGUGUGUUUUUGUUCUUGUAUAUGAUUAAUCUUUGAAAAUCAGCAAACCCCAUUUCGUUUUUCAUGUGGGUUUGGGAUUUAUUGGUCCUUGGUUGGUGAUUCUUGAAAAAAAAAUCUGAUCUUUGUAGCUGAGUGUACUGAGAAUUUUCUUGAAGUAGGAUGGAUACAUAUAUUCAUGUAUUUAGUUUGUGGGAAGAGCACAUUGUUUGUCAGGCGAAGGGCUGUCGUGUUGUGCACUACUACUUGAAGGAUGCAUCAGGGGAGUAGGUUAAAGCCACAUGCUAUGUGUUGUCUCAGAGGAUUAUUUGGAUGCUUUUGGGCACAGAAGUACCAUGAAUUCCGACACAAGGUGGCGUGCAAGAAAAGAGGAUGGAUACAGAUAGUCAUGUAUUUAGUUCGUGGGAAGAGCGCUUUGUUUCUCGGGGGAAGGGUCGUCGUGUUGUGCACUACUACUUGAAGGAUACCUCAGGGGAUUUAAUCCUUGCUGUUGUGGGUACUGAAAGAAGCUUAAAGAACAUGCUAUAUGUUGUCUCAAAGGAUUAUUUGGAUGCUUUUGGGCAUACAAGUACCAUAAAUUCUGACACAAAGUGGCGUACAAGAAAACGUGUAGUGGAAUGGCUGACAAAUUUGAUUUCAAAGCAACACCAAUCACCACCUAUUUCAAAUACCCCAAGAAGAGAAACAAGAAGAAGUGCUUUGAUAGCCCAAGAAGAUCCUUCGAUGCAAGGACCUAGUGGGAGUAGAAGUGUCAGGGAGGGUGGCCGUUCUGGUAUCAGAAAGUCAACUCCAGGUAACCAGAUAGCACAAGCAAAACCACCAACUUACCCAAAGUUAAAAAUAAAAUAUCCAAACAUAGAACCAGUAGGAAUUCAGCUUGUGGAGCCUCAACGUAAGCGAUCUUUUGAUGUUGGUGACAAUAUAGAGGUUCUUUCCAACGAUAGUGGCAUGAAAGGCUGCUGGUUCCGGUGUAAAGUAUUGCAGGUAUCACAAAAACGUAUGCACGUUCAAUAUAACGACAUUCAGGAUUGUGAAAGUCUUGAAAAGCUCAAGGAAUGGAUUCCUUCCUGCAAAGUUGCAGUCUCUGAUAAAUUGGGCAUGAGAAGCUCAGGACGCCUCACAGUUCGGCCCCAGCCUCUGGAGGAUUCUUCCGACUGUUCUUUUGAACUAGGAGCUGCAGUUGAUGCUUGGUGGUCGGACGGGUGGUGGGAAGGAGUUGUAACUGGAUUUGAUGUCUCUGGAAGCGGUGAUCUUCAGCUUUACUUCCCUGGCGAGAACAUAUCACUGGAGAUCCAAAGAAAGAACGUGCGGACUUCAAGAGACUGGGUAGAUGCCAAAUGGAUUGAAGUUGAGCCAAAGAAAGACAUAAAGUCGUUCAUAGACUCAAGCUUAACUUAUGCAUCCAGGUUUAAUAUCAACGAGCCUGAGAGCUGCGAAAAUCAGAUGGCUCCCAGGCUUAUGGCACCUGAAUACAACAAAAUGACUUCCACUUCCAAGCACUCAGCAGAGAAGCAAGACACUGAUGUGCUUAAACUGAAAAAGCGAUGGGAAAUAGAUUUUCUUGCAGAUAACAAGAACUGAUAUGUUCCUUUGCAAAUGUAUAGGUCUUUGACAACAAAAUAUGGAAUAGGCCUCUUAUAGAAAGCACUCUUUGCCAAGAAGUUGGCAUGUUCUUGUUCUGUAUACACUUUCUCUUAUCGGUUAUGCAUAAAAAUUGAAACUUUAUGAAGUUUCCUAUGAGUAUGUGUUACAGUUUAUCAGCAGUGGAAACACACUAGUAUUAUUGUUCUUUGAUGCUGUUUUUUUCAUUGUUUAUAUGGUCAUCAGGUGUUAAUCGUUAGAAAAACUCUCUUCUUUGUAUCUGAUAUUCUUCGAGACUGUAAAUCACUUGCUAUUGCAUUGCCCUGAAGUUUCCCAGUAACAGAAUGAUGAAUAAGUGACUCUUAUUUUUC